UGUAGCCUCUUUGCUAUAAAUUCGGUGCAACACACCACAUAGAACUCCCCCUUGUCCCGGCAGCCCAUACCAACCCACUGCCGCCUCCCACCUCCACCCCACAAAUGGGUUCCACCAACCCACCGCCGCCUCCCACCGCCGCCAAGAUCAGAAGAACCACGAGUGCCGGCGGUGGAAGCGGCUCAAUCAUACUUGAAAAAUACCAACUUAGCCGCCUCCUGGGCCGCGGCAGCUUUGCAAAGGUGUACCUGGGCCGCUCACUUGACAACAGCGACACUGAAGUAGCCAUCAAAGUCAUCGACAAGGCAGCCACCGUGGACGCCGCCAUGGAGCCCCGGAUACUCCGGGAAGUGUCGGCCAUGCGCCGCCUUCACCACCAUCCUAACAUCCUUGAACUAUACGAAGUCAUGGCCACUAAAUCCAAAAUCUACCUAGUCAUGGAACUCGCCCCAGGCGGCGAGCUCUUUGCCAAACUCAGCCGCUGCCGCCGCUUCUCCGAGCCCACCGCUCGGAGAUACUUUCAACAAGUGGUGUCCGCCCUCCGCUUCUGCCACCAAAACGGAGUCUUCCACCGAGACAUCAAGCCGCAGAAUCUUCUUCUUGACAAGAACGGGUUGUUAAAAAUUACGGAUUUUGGGCUUUCUGCUCUUUCGGAACAGAAAAGAGAUGGGCUAAUUUACACGGCGUGCGGCACACCGGCAUACACCGCGCCGGAAGUAGUCUAUCGCAAAGGGUAUGAUGGAGAGAAGGCGGAUGCUUGGUCAUGUGGGGUUCUUUUGUAUGUUUUCUUAGCUGGCUGCCUCCCCUUUGACGAUAGCAAUUUAUCGAACAUGUACCGUGCAAUGCACCGCCGCGCAUUUGAGUUUCCAGACUGGGUUUCUAAGUCCGCCAGAAUUGUGAUAUACAGACUCAUGGAUCCAAAUCCUAACACAAGAUUGAGUCUUGACGAGUUAGUUAAACUUUCCUGGUUCAAGAAGUCUUUUUCUCAAGAAAAUUUGAGCUCACAAAAUGGACAAAAGCUGGGAUCCGAGUUUCUUGAGCAAAAUGAGUUUAAGUAUUUACCUAGAGUGAAUGCUUUUGACAUAAUUUCGAUGUCUUCUGGGCUGGAUUUAUCUGGGCUUUUUGAGACACAGGCGAACAAGAAAGAGAUGAGGUUUACUUCUGGGGUGCAAGUGGGUGAGAUUGAGGAGAAGCUGGUGAAGGUUGGGGCUGAAUUUGGGUACAGAAUCGAGAGAGGGAAGGGCGGAGGGAUCAGGUUGGUGAGAGGGAGAGUGGUCUUGGUAGUGGAGAUUUGGGAAGUGGCAAUAGAGUUGUGGUUGGUGGAGUUGAAGUUAUUUGAUGCUGAGAUGGUGCUUGAGGAGUUGCAAUGGGAAGAACUGAAAUCAGGGCUUGGUGAUAUUGUACUCUCAUGGCACAACGAGGUUUCUUGAUGUUUGAAAAGCUUCUGUAACAAACAUCAAGUUCAAUCUUUCUGCGAUUCAGUGUUGUAAGCAUUUGCAAGCCGAUGGCUACGGUGGGAUGAACAUUUCCUUGUUCGCGACCUUAUUCCUGGGAAAAUCACAGUCAUACAUUAGCACAUCGAUGUCAGUAGACUCAUGACAAUGGUUUUAAUGGUUUUGGACUGUGUUGAUGAUUGAGGAAGAGAUGUAUGUUAGAAAGAAGUGAUGAUCCAGAUAAAACCUUAACAGGAUUGUCUUUUGUACAUGAGUUAGAAAUGUUUUUCCUCAAAAGGUUAGGAUGUAACUUUGUAAAUGAUUCUGCUUUAAUUGCUUGCUUUAGUUGCUCAGAUACACACGCCUUGUUUUUGUUC